UCAAAUAAUUUAUUAAGUCAUGUGUUAAUAAGUGCAAGAGCUAGGCAGUGUAAGUGAAGAAUUCACACCUAACCUCAAUUAAACACAAGUUUUGUAAACAUUAGAAACAUGCCGAUUGCUCAGUUAACUGGGAGCGAAACCUCAGACGAAUCCAACAAAACCUUCGUAAUGCAAGACGAAGGUCACACUUUAGGAAAUGCCCUAAGAUGUGUGAUUUCCAGUUAUCCGGAUGUAGAGUUUUGUGGCUACACAGUUCCACAUCCGGCUGAAUCAAAAAUGCACUUCCGGAUACAAAUGCACAAGGGCAAAGCAGUGGAUGCACUGAAAAGGGGGUUAGAAGAUCUGAUCAAGGUUUGCGACAUAACUGAUCAGAAAUUCGUGGAGGCUUUCAAGGAGUUCACUGACCAACAGGCGAACACUACUUAAGUAUUUUUUAUCUAAAUUAUAUUUUUAUUAAAUUUUAUUAUUAUUAAUAAACGACUGUUUUUUAA